GGCCAUUGGUAAAGAAAAGUUAUUCUACAUAGGAAUGAACACUGAUUCGUCUGCCAAGUACCCUAUAAAUUAUGUCCUGAAAAAAAGUUUCUUUGUCAACAAUACUGAAUCAACACCUGUUCCACGUGCUCCAAAGUCAGGCGAGGAUACAACCACCAAUGACAAUACUCUUGCAACUCAUAAGCCAAUGUCUAUCAGCAUAAAGGAAAACGAAAAUAGGAUCAAUGCAAAAAGAAGAAUUGAUUUUACUGAGAGUGAUGCCGACAAAUCUAACAGCUCAAAGGAACCGGAAGAAAGUACUACGAAAAAGAACAAGCAUGAGUAUGUUGUGUUUCUCACACCCUUUAUACAAAUUUAGCCAACAAUAUGAGUUUCUUCCUACAUAUAUUUGCAGUUGCCAAAAAUCUCCAUCAACAGGAAUGUAGAUACACUUCCAGAAAAACUACAUCAACAGGAACAGCCAGAGUAGAGGAACAUUUGGACGAUUUAAGUACUUUACAUUGACUAUAUAAACUUUCAUUUUCUGAUUUAAAAAACCAGUAAUAUAUUGUGGUAUUUACUUUUUUUUGACAAUGCUUCAUUUUCCAAUAUAGGCAGGA